AUUGGAUUACGAAUACUUCCCAAAAAUCCAUUUGUACUCACCCCUACUUAUAUAAUAGAAUCCUGUAGAUUAACUUCUAUUGAGUUUCAAAUUCUAAACAUGCAAAAUCAAGCUUUAUAAGUUCACAAAACUCCUAGCAGUUAACUCAUGUCGACUAGGAUAAUCAUGGUCAUCUAAGUUUUUUAACGUGUUUAGCUAAUCAAUUUCAAUGGAUUUAACAUUCUAGAUUCUAGAUAUCAUGAACAAGGUGUAUAGUCAAGUUCAAGGUUUAAAAUUAAUUUAAAUAAAUAAAAAAAACUAAACAUAAAUUUUCCUAAUCUGAGAUAUCAAUUUCAAUAAUCCAUGAGUCCUUCAAACAACCCCUAGCAUGUAAAAUUAGAUAUGGAAAUAGAAACACAGAAAACCACUGAUUAGUACACGCCAAGUUCCAUGUGCAUUCAUUAUUGAUUCCUUUCAAAAUCUAACUAGUUCAUUUUUCAGUGUCAUUUUGUUACUAUUUAGAUCCAAAUUUUACUUUUACAAAAAAAAAAAAUACCGUUAUUAUUUAAAAUACUGCUUCCAAAUUUAAAUAAAUUGACUUAUCUUUUCCCCAAAAUUUAAUUUCUUUACUUCAACAUAAAAACUGACGGCUUAUCCAUCAUUACAAAAAAAUCCGAUCCAAUCUGAUAAAUUAAAAGAAAUGAUAAGUUGUAGAAGAAAGCAAUUCAGAUUAUCCAUGUUUUGGUUCGCUUGAAGUGGUCCGAACGAACCACAGGGAAAAUAUAUCAAAGUAUCAAACUCUUGUGCAAGUGUUCACGAUAAAAACAAAAUUAAUAGGUCACUUGAUAUUAAUUAACAAUCGCAAUAAUUAUCUUAGUGGCCCCCGCCUCCACUCAAUGACUGACUAACCAACCAUUCAGUACAUAAUACGCACAUAACUCACCCCUUUCGUCAUCACCUUCCAUUUCCUGAAUCUCAAGAUGCACACCAAUGCAGCAGACUCCGAGGUAACAAGCCUCUCUGCUUCCUCGCCCACUAGAUCUCCCCGUCGACCAGCCUACUUCGUGCAAUCUCCUUCGCGUGACUCGCACGAUGGAGAGAAAACCGCAACAUCGUUCCACUCAACCCCCGUUCUCAGCCCGAUGGGAUCUCCUCCGCACUCUCACUCCUCCUCUAGCCGCUUCUCCAAGAUCAACGGCUCCAAGCGCAAACAACAUGCUGGAGACAGGAAGUUCGCAAGGAUUGAAGAAGAAGGUUUGCUCCAUGAUGGUGACAGAGAAGAAAAAGGUUUGCCUCGUCGUUGCUAUGUUUUAGCCUUCGUUGUUGGAUUCUCCUUGCUCUUCGCUUUCUUCUCUUUGAUCCUUUAUGCAGCUGCUAAGCCUCAGAAGCCUAAGAUCUUAGUCAAGAGCAUAACAUUUGAGCAACUUAAGGUUCAAGCUGGACAAGAUGCGGGAGGUAUAGGAACCGACAUGAUCACGAUGAACGCGACACUGAGAAUGAUGUACCGUAACACAGGCACAUUCUUUGGUGUUCAUGUUACUUCUUCUCCGAUCGAUCUAAGUUUCUCUCAGAUCACAAUUGGUUCUGGAACUAUUAAAAAAUUCUACCAAUCGAGGAAAAGCCAAAGAACGGUGAUAGUGAAUAUGAUUGGAGACAAGACUCCUCUCUACGGAAGUGGUUCUACCUUAGUCCCACCACCACCUCCUGCACCAAUUCCAAUCAAGAGCAAGAAGAAGAAAGGACCCAUCGUGAUCGUCGAACCACCAGCACCUCCUGCUCCCGUGCCGAUGAGGUUAAACUUCACCGUUCGAUCUCAUGCUUACGUUUUGGGGAAAUUAGUUCACCCCAAGUUCUACAAGAGAAUCGUGUGUUUGAUUAACUUCGAACACAAGAAACUCAAUAAACAUAUUGCACUCACGAACAACUGCACCGUCACUUCUGUUUGAAGAUAAAAGCCAACUCUUGCAAGUCCAAGAAUCGUAUUGGGCACGUGCCAAAUUAUUGUCGGUGGGUUUAAUAUGUACUUUAAUUUAUGUGAGUGGACAACGAUCAAUGGAGAAUAUUUUUGUCAAUGAUACACUGAAUGGGAAGAUUCACAUUUUAAUUUAUUCUUUUCUUGAAUGCGAAAUAUCGAUCUCA